AUGCCGCGAGAAGCUGAGAUCUCUAUAAACGAACGCGAGUUCAUCAAGCAGGCGCUGCAGGAGCAAAUUCGCCUCGAUGGACGUGCAUUUGACGUAUUUCGUUCAUUAGAGCUCACCUUUGGAGAAGAGUAUGGCGUCGCAGAUGUGCAGUUGGGCAAGACAAGAGUCAUUGCACGGAUCUCAGUCGACGUAGUCACACCAGCACCGGAGCGCAAGUUUGAUGGCAUCUUCCAGAUCGUUACCGAGUUCUCGCCCAUGGCAUCGCCUGCUUUCGAGAUUGGACGACCUACAGACGCUGAAGUCAUUCUCUCGCGCAUUCUUGAAAAAGCCAUUCGCCGCUCCAAUGCUCUCGAUACCGAAUCGCUCUGCAUCAUUGCUGGACAGAAGUGCUUUGCUCUCCGCGCCGACGUGCACAUCAUCGAUCAUGAUGGAGGACUGAUCGACGCCUCAUGCAUUGCCGUCAUAGCUGCGCUACAACACUUCAGACGGCCUGACGUACAGGUCGAGGGCGAGAAGGCGAUCAUCCUGAGCGUACGCGAGCGCGAACCCAUACCUCUUUCGAUCCUACACCAGCCACUCUGCGUUACCUUCUCAUACUUUGAAGAAGGCGAAAUCUACUUGGUGGAUGCCAACGUGGCCGAAGAGCAGGUUCGACAAGGACAGGUCAUUAUCACCAUGAACAAGCAUGGCGAGAUUUGCCAAAUCGCAAAGUACGGCGGCGCAACCGUGAAUCCGUUGGCUCUGCUGAACUGCACCAAUAUUGCGCUGGAAAAGGUCAAGCAGAUGAGCAAGUUCAUUCAGCAAAAGCUGGAUGAGGAUAACAAGAAGAGGAACCCGAAGGGCCUCAUGAAUGAGCUGAGUGCUGAGAACGCCAGAGAGAACGCUGUUAUUCCAGGAUGA